AACUUGAACCAAGAAAAAGUAAACAGAAGCUGCUGCAAGAUUAAAGAAGCUUCAAUUUGUGUAAUACUCUGCCCCCUUAAACUAGAGAGGCAGAUCUUUUGCUAAAUCGUCUAAAGAAAAAAGGAAGUUGAUGGGGACAAAUAAAUUGUUGUCUUCCUUUGCAGUUUUCUUCUUUUUGUUGGGUUGCUCUGCUUCAACUUCAAUUUCAGAUGGUAUUUUCAGCUCUUUCACUUCUACCGGAAGGAAUCUCCUUCAGACCAAGAAAGCUUGCCCUGUUAACUUUGAGUUCCUGAACUACACAAUCAUCACAAGCCGAUGCAAAGGACCCAAGUUUCCACCUGAAAGUUGUUGUUCAGCAUUCAAGGAAUUUGCUUGUCCUUACGCAGAACAGAUCAACGACUUGACGACCGAAUGUGCUUCGACGAUGUUCACCUACAUCAAUCUUUACGGGAAAUACCCUCCGGGCCUUUUUGCUGGCGAGUGUCGUGAAGGGAAAUUAGGGCUUGCUUGCCCUGCGUUACCACCAUCAGCAUCGGAGAACGCAAGCGGUAGUGAGCAGCUGAUAAGUAAUCUACUGAUGCUGGUGAUGGCCAGAACCAUAGCCGUAGCCAUCUUGUUGUGAAAGCCUGGAAAAGAAAUCCAAAUCAUUCCAUUUGUUGAUUUAUAUAAUAUUUUCCCACUUUUUAA